GCGUUCCGAUUUUUUUGCUCAAAGUGAGCUUGAUCCAAUGCAUGCGGGGCGUCAUCGCCCUGAGCAUCGAGGCCUCCCGAGAUGUCGCGGCCGGCAGAUGGCCCCGGGCGCUGCGGUUGCUGCAGGCGGCCUCGGCCCAGAGCCUGCGGCUGGACGCGCACGCCGCCAGCCUGGCCGUGAAAUGCUUCUCCCGGCAGAAAAGCUGGGCGCGGUGCCUGGACGUCCUGCGCGCGCGCUUCGCCCCGGUCGACGUGGUGCUCUGCGGCGGCGCCCUGGACGUCUGCGGGAAACGUCGGUGGCGAGCCGCGCUGGGCGUGUUCCACGGCCUAAGGCCCAGCGGCCUGCGACCCAACGCCAUCACCUGCAAUUCGGCCAUAUCAGCAUGCUCCCGGACACAGCGCUGGCUGUUGGCGAUCGAAUUCUUGCGGGAGAUGUGCAACCAGAGCCUCCGGCUUUUGAGCACCUCCCUGGACGCUGCCACCAGCGUCUGGCAUCAGGCGGUGCUGAUGCUGGCGCGGCGUGCGAGUCGCGGCAUGGGAUACAGCGUGAUUGGGGCCAAUGUCGCCGCGGCCGCUCUGGCUGCGGGCUCUGGCUGGCACAGGGCCUGUGUGCUGACUGAUCGGGGCGAUGCUUAUGGCUGGACUGCGGUCAUCUCAUCCUGCAGGUGGGAGAGAGCGCAGGCGCUUGCCUGUCGCAUGGCGUUGCUCCGGGUGGCGCGCAAUGUGGUGACCUUGAAUGCUUUGAUCGGCUCGCGCGAAGCUGUGGCUAAGCCAUGGGAAGGGACCCUUCGGCUUCUGCGCGGGGACGCCGUCACUUGCAGCUCGCUCAUUGCCUCCUGCACUGCCGGCCUGCAGUGGCAGCAGGCCGUGGAAGCGUUGGACGCUGCUCGGGGUGGCUUACGUCUUGAUGGCAUCGCCUGGGGCACCGCCGUCGCUGCCUGGGCAUCCGGUUCCAUGUGGGAGGCAUCGCUCCGGCAAGCGGUGACGACACUGUCCAACUGGGAGGGGCUGUCUGGUGCAGUCACCAGCACUGUGCUUGGCAGCUGCUUGCGCUGGCAGGCGGCUGUCGGCUUCUGGUCCUGGACCGCUUCCCGCGGCCCAGACUGCGCCAACGCGGACUGCGCCUCCGCCGCGCUGCGCGCGCUGCAGCUGGGCGCCGCAUGGCGCCAGGGCCUGGCGCUGGCGAUGCUGUCGGGCACGCUGAAGGCCCAGCCGGCGGCGGCGGAGAACUUGGAGAAAGCGCUGGCGCGCCCGGGCGCGUUUGAGGGACUGCUGCGGCACCUGCGCCAGCUGCGGCGGGAGGUGCUGCGGAAAACGGCGCGCGGAACUUGGAAUUUGAACGGGGACGAGAGGUACAAGAACUUGCCGCUGCUGACGCGCAUCGGUUUGACGGCCAUCUUCGGGUGCACCGUCCUCGUGCAGCUUGGCUUCCUGGAUCCCAUGCUGCUGGCCCUGAAUUGGCCGGUGGUCAUCAACAAGUUGCAGGUGUGGCGGCUCUUGACUCCCGUCUUGUUUUUCGGGACGUUCAGCUUCCAAUUCUUGUUCCAGAUGUAUUUUUUCACAUCCUUUUCUUCUAAACUUGAACAGAACGAGGCAUUUUCACAGCCUGGCGACUACCUAUUUUUCCUGCUCUUACAGAUUCUGCUCUUGGACGUCAUCUCGCUAGCGCUGAGCUGGCCAACGGGCCUGCCCAUGCUGGGCCCAUCCUUGGUGUUCGCCAUCCUCUACUACUGGAGCCGCCGUGAGCCCUACGCGAAGUUGUCCUUCUUUAGUUUCGCCAUCCAGGGCUACCAGUUCCCCUUCGCCCUCAUCUUCUUCCAGCUUCUGAUAGGUGGCAACAUCUGGAUGGAUCUGCUGGGCUUAGCGUCUGGACACAUUUAUUAUUUCUUAGCGGAGGUGGUGCCGCAAGAGUACGGCUACAGCCUCAUCAAAACCCCAGCCUUCUUGGCCAACUUCAUGGCGAGAUACACUGGAGGCACCCAUCUCGGGUCGAGAUAA